AGCCGAUUCAAGAUGAAGUCUGCUUCUGUUUUCCUUCUUGUUUUCCUUCUUUUACUGAACAUUUCCUAUGCACAUGGACAGCAGAGCCUUGAGGAGGCCACAAACAUUUCGUUGAGACUGUCUUUUCCUCCAUUUUACAACUCGUACUCCAAAUCGUGCUGUAAGCUGUAUCCAGGAGGAUGCUACUUGCUGCUGAACAGUGCUGGAUACGUGUGUGAUUUUCUGAGAGGCAGAGUGACCCAGAGCCAGGGCGACGGCUGGCUCCAGUUCACUAUUUCAAAUGCACAGUUCAGUGACCAGGGAUUUUACAGGUGCACUGUUAUGGGGACCCCAAUCUACAUAGACUAUUAUGUAGAAGUGAAAGAUACUUCUGAUCAUCUGCUAUCCCAUAAAACCACUACUAAAGCUCAUGGCAUCGCUACAGACCUGGAGCCAACUGAACCUGUCAUGGAUGAAGACAUGAGUGAUCUGCCCAGAGAUCCCUGGAGUUUCCCUCUCCCUGCUGUUGUCUCUAUGGCAGCGGUGAUUUGUAUCUCUUCACUGACUGCUUUGGUUUUCUGCUGCGUGAAGGCAAAACAGAAACAGUCCAAUACAAAGCACGCUGAGUCACCUCUAACAGACACAGCCUCAGUGAGUGUGAAACAGGAACAUGUGGAAAUCAGUUCAAUCGUUUACACCACAGUGGAUUUCAAAGCUCACGAAAGUCCCACACAAAUAUAUGAAAACUUGAGAGCGCCCAAAAUACAAGAAGGUCACCGUGCCCCGCAACAUCCUGGCAACGUUGAGUACUCGACACUGGCAGUCCAUCAACAUCCAUGACUUAGUGGUAGUUUUUCAUUGUCUCUGGAUCAGUGGUUCUACAAUGGGGUGCAGAAACCACAGGAACAGGAACAUUUUUUAUGGUAGAGUGAUUCAGUGUUUUGUUUUGGUUUUUGUGUGUUUUUUUGUGUUUUGUUUUGUUUUGGUUUUUUUUUGUUAGGGACUUAUCUAGUCCUAUUUUUCUUCUCUGUUGUAUCUUGCCUUUGUUCAGAGCAUGCAUAGUCCGAUCAGUUUAGGCCUUUAUUUUGAAAUAGUGAGAAUUUAUAUUUUGUGCAACCAGUUGUAGUAGUGAUUUUAUGAAUGUAAAAUUAAGUCUAGUUCUAGUUAAAUCUGUUUUUUGGUUCAUCUCUUCUCUUAACUUCUGGACCCCCUGGGAGGUGUUCUCAAAAGCCACAUGAUAUAGUCUAUUCUUGGUCUUUCUUUACGCCUAAAUCUGAUAGUGAAGUAUUAUGAAUCUGAGGUGAGGUGUGGGUGUCUCUUAAGACCAGGCUGGACUAGACUUAUUAUUGUGUGACAUUUCAACACAAGAUAAAGGAUUUCUAAAGAUUUUCCUCUAGUAUCUCCACUCACAUUCAAACAGAGAACUCACUUUUUUCCAAUGCUUUUAUUUGAUAUAAUCUACCACUACAGAUGCAGUCCAGUUCCAUGAUUUGCAUAAAGACGUUUAAGAGUCUCCAACAGAUUACACAGACUUGGCCAAUCCGAUGUACUGGGUCUGUGUGUCAAAGAUGGCAUAGUAUUCCCUGAUGAAGACAUCUCCCAGGAUCCAGAGAGGUUCAGUUCCGCCUUGACCAAAACCAGUGGAGCAGCUAUUGGAGCUCUGUACAAAGGCAUAGCAAAAUCAGUAUUUUUUUACACUGACUACAUUAUUCAUUAAUUAAAAGCAGUGGUAUACAAACUAUGGCCCAUUUUGUUGGCCCUUAGGCUUCCUGUUUAAUUGGCCUAAAUAAUCCAAAGUAGUAGUAGUGAUAGUAGUACUUGAAUGUUUGAAUAAUGAUAUGAUAUGAUGGAAGAAAAUUGAUGGAUGGAUGGAUGAUAUGAUACCUAAAUAACACACAUUGUGAUGUGAUACUGACAUAACUUUAAUGUUGUGUGCCUUAUUAAAAGUGCAGUUGCUCAGUCAAACCUACAUCAAAUGCAACAUUUAGAAUGGUGUUGCACUCUGCGUCAUGCAUGUUUAUAUGUGGCCCUGAAUGACAAAACUUUUGGACAGCCCUGAUUUAAAGUAAGCAUUUAAAGCAAAAUUGUCACG